GCUAUUGAGUCAGACUUCACUUUAAUUUACCCGACGCUUCCAAAAGAAGAAUGAUGAGAUGAGAUGAGAUGGGUCUACGGAGUUUGUCAGCUAUUAAUACCGUCCUCUAAACUGCUAUCGACCGGUUUAAACGCUUUACUAUGAUCGACACGCAUUUCUCAACGUUAUAUGUGUUUAACUGACAGCAACCUUGCUGUUAGAAGGAAACAGGAGAGGAAAGCGUCCGACUGCGCACUGCUGGCCCUCUAAACACACUCUCAUCGGGGACUUCACUUAAAAGGGCAAGAUUGUUUUGCAACAAACCUGAUAUAGCUACACCAAUGCUUGCAUUUUAAACACACAGUCUGUUAUAAAUAUUAACAUUAAUCAGAUAUAUCAAAGACUAUGUGAAGUCGAUGUUGAUUGAAUAUCACGGUUUGUUUUUCGUGCAAACGCUUGUUUUCUUGCAUUUCUGCUGAUCGAUUGUCAUCGAUCACACGUCGAUGAUGGCCACAGAUGCAAUAGCGACUGGAGAAGUCUCAAACCAGAGAGACUCGAGCGAUCUGAACGCCAACAGAAGUAACCCCGAGUCAGACACACCCAGCCGGACAUCUGAGACGCAAGAAAACAGAAACAUAACUAGCCCGUUAUCGUUAUCAUCCCCAUCGGUUCACUCCGUGGAAGAUCCACCUCAGGACUCCAGAGCAAGGGAUGAUCCGCUGGAGAACGGAGACCUUCCGGUCCGAACAGGAGACACGCCGCAGGAAGAGACUCCAGACAAUAGACAGAAACAAGGCGUGAGGACUUCAACUCCUGUGAGAGAGCCGCACACACUCUCCUCUCCUGAAGAACACAACGGAAGUUUUGAGCACCAGGAGUCAGUUGCUACCACAGAGGCGCGGCUGAGAAUGGAAGGGGUGGAGCUAAAGGAGGAGUGGCAAGAUGAGGACUUCCCCAGGCCACUCCCAGAAGAGGAAGAUAUGCAUCUUGAUGAGGAGCUUUUCACCAGGUCUUCUGGUGAAGGAGCACCUGCUUCACAGUCUUAUGGACUAAACAGUGCAAAGAAAACCAAAAAGAAGCUUUUGGCUCCGGACAUUAGCCUAAACCUAGACCACAGUGAGGGUUCAGUCCUUUCAGAUGAACUGGAUGAGAGUACAGAACUGGACCUGGACGACAUAGACACCCCUUCAGACAACAGCAAUGAGUUUGAGUGGGAAGAUGACCUCCCGAAACCCAAAAACACGGACCUGCUGCAUAAAGGAGUGGAGUCGGUGCAAGAGUUCACCAGCACGGAGGUACGGGAGGAGGGCCGUCGCUGGAGAGUCUUCCGCAUCGGAGAACAGGAGCACCGGGUGGACAUGAAGGCCAUUGAGCCCUACAAGAGGGUUAUCAGCCACGGAGGUUACUAUGGUGAUGGAUUGAAUGCCAUAAUCGUCUUCGCCGUUUGCUUUAUGCCUGAGAGCAAUCAACCGAAUUACAGAUACAUCAUGGACAAUCUUUUCAAGUAUGUCAUAGGAACUCUAGAGCUUCUUGUAGCUGAGAACUAUAUGAUUGUAUACCUGAAUGGAGCCACUUCACGCCGAAGGAUGCCAAGUGUGGGCUGGCUUAGAAAAUGCUAUCAGCAAAUAGAUCGAAGGUUAAGGAAGAAUUUGAAGUCUUUGAUAAUAGUGCACCCAUCUUGGUUUAUUCGCACCCUCCUGGUCCUCACAAAACCUUUUAUAAGCUCAAAAUUUAGCCAGAAAAUUAAGUAUGUGUUCAGCCUGACAGACCUGGCUGAGCUUGUCCCAAUGGAGUACGUUUCCAUUCCAGACUGCAUUAAACAGUUUGACGAAGAAAAAAAUAGGAAAAAACAUAAAAGAUUUAGAUUCUGACGUUGUGUCCUCUGUUCUGCCGCUGUUAGUAUGGAUCGACCAGGACGUGCAUGGAAAGGUGGAGAUAGCCACUGCUGCAGUGUCAGAGUGAGUCGAAGAGAGAAACUGGAAGAAUCAACGAAUGUGCUGGGUUUCUUUUAACUGGAGAACGCAAGAUAUUGAUGUCAGAAAAGUGCCUUUUAAAGGAGUAGUUAAUCACAAAAUGAAAAUUCAGUCAUUGUUUACGCUCUCUCGUGUCAUUCCAAACACGUGACUUUUUUUUUCUGUGUGGCACAAAAGAGGAUAUUUAGCAGAAUGUCCAAGCUGCUCUUUUUGAUAUUCGUGCUCCCCAUUCACUUUCAUUGAAUGGAAAAGAGGAGCUUUUGUGCUCCUAACAAGAGUCAUAUAGAUUUGGAACGACGUGAGGGUGAGUAAAUAAUGACAGAAUUUUCAUUCGUGGGUGAGCUGUCCCUUUAAAGUUUUUUCUCCCGGU